AUGCCUAGGACGAGGAAUGGAUAUGUUCGAGUACCCUGUGAAACCGAUUGGAUGCUGGAAAAGGAGGAGCCGAGGGAUUCUCUAAAUCUCGUUUAUUUCAUCGCGUUGUUGAAUGGAAUUGGUGUGCUUUUACCAUGGAAUAUGUUCAUUACAAUCGCUCCACAGUACUACGUCGAGUAUUGGUUCACUCAAAAUGGGACAACGAGUGAGUACGCGGAUUCAUUCAUGAGUUGGCUCGGUCUUGCCUCACAAAUACCGAAUGUUUCUGUCAAUAUUCUGAAUAUUAUUCUAGUGAUCAGUGGUUCACUAUUAAUUCGAAUCGUUGGCCCGUUGGUGGUCAAUUGUUUUUGUAUCAGUGCUGUCAUUGGAAUCGUCAUUUUCUGUGCGCCGACGUUGGAAGGUAUGGCUUGGUUCUACGCCGUCACAAUGUUCUUGGUGAUCGUCAUCAACACAGCAAAUGGAAUAUAUCAAAACUCAAUCUUUGGUCUUUUCGCUGAUUUUCCUUCAAAUUACACAAACGCUAUCGUUCUUGGCAACAAUAUUUGCGGAACUUUCACGGCUGUUUUAAGUAUUUUCUGUACAAUUGUGUUAAAUGAUAUUCGAAUGGUGGCCAUGAUCUACUUUUCGAUCUCUUUCGCUGUGCUCAUCGCUUGUCUAGCCUCAAUUGUCUUGUUGAAACGAUCGCCUUUUUUCACCUAUUUCGAGUCAAAAGGUGAAGCCACACGCGAGGCGAGCAACUCGACCAAACCAAGCUGGUCUCAAAUUCAGAAAACAAUUCAACAUGCAUGGCCUCAAUUUCUAAAUGUUUUUAUGAUCUUUUUGGUGACUUUGUCAAUAUUCCCAGCGAUGCUCACCGCUUCGCCGCCAUUGAGAGGCGUUGAUGGGGGAUGGGUUUCAUUGAUUCCUGAAAACAUCUACGGUGGAGUGAUUAUCUUCUUGAAUUUCAAUGUUUUUGCUACAAUUGGAUCUUUUGUUGCUGGUUUAAAGCAAUGGCCCAAUUCCAACUAUUUGUGGGUAGCUGUCUGGUUGCGGGUUCUCUUCAUGCCUUUCUUCAUGUUCUACAACUAUUUGCCACAUCAAAGAACACUUCCCGUUUUGUUUUACAAUGAAUGGGUGUUCGGGUUGGGCAACUCGUUGAUGGCUUUCUCGAGUGGAUACCUUUCUUCAUUAGCGAUGAUGUAUGCACCAAAAGUCGUUCCCGAGGCUCUCUCAAAAACGGCUGGGAUGAUCUCCUCUUUAUGUCUCAUUGCUGGUAUUGCGUCUGGAGUGAUCUUCACUUUUAUCAUCCAAUUCAUCGUGACACAUUUA